UACACGGCACCGCACGGGGACCGGAACCCGAGUAUAGCGGCUAUUGUACGUACGGUAACGAAACAGCACUCGCGCAUAUCGCUGCCCGACCCCAGCAAACGGAUCGAGAUCAACCGGGAUGUGCUCUCUUGGAUAGACCUACGGGACAAAUAUGGGGCACAAAUGCCGGGCAAUAGUGGUAAUGAUGAUAGCGCUGGAGGCGAUGGCAGUGAUAACAAUAGCAACAAUGUCUAUCAUACUAUCAAAUCAAAAGCUGGUCACUGUAUCAGCAGAUCCUGGACUCGGAGAUCGUUUUUGGCAACACUAGUGAUAAUAUUGCCGGCCAUACAGUGGGUGCGGAACUACUCAUUUCGCAAUCAUUUGGCCUAUGAUUUGAUGGCAGGGCUAACCCUUUCGAUGGUACAGAUACCAGAGGCUAUGGCCAACGGAUACCUGGCCGGGUUGGGUGCAGAGCAUGGUUUGUAUGUGGCCUUUUUCCCGGUGCUCGUGUACGUACUAAUGGGCACAUCACACCACACGGCUAUUGGCACAUUUUCCAUUACGAGUGUAAUGAUCAGCGAUGUUGUGCUGCGCGUGAAAGAGGGUAUAUACGAGUUGGACGUCAACACUGGUAAUCAUACGCUCGUUGGCCAGGAGUUCACAGCACUGGAAAUAGUCACCAGUCUAUGCCUACUGUGCGGACUCAUACAGUUACUGCUCGCCUGCCUAAAUCUGGGCGCCCUAUCGCUACUGUUAUCGGACACCAUUGCCAGCGCCUUCGCCACGGCUGCGGCCGUACAAGUGGUCACCGCAUACUUUCCCACACUGUUUGACGUGGACUUACCACGUAUGAGAUUCUCGGUGUUCAGACUGUUCAAGGAAUGGAUCGAAUUUUUCUCAAACCUAUAUCAAGUGAAUCUAAUAACGGCCGGAAUCUCAUUGGCGUGCAUACUAUUCCUCCUACUUGUCCAACAGGUGCUUCAGCCAUACCUGCGCCGCAAGUUUAAGAUUAAGAUACCCGUCCCCUCAGAUAUCAUUAUACUGCUACCCGAGCAGCUCAUCCCUAACCAGAUCGUCAGUCCUGCACCGGUCGGGCGCCAAGACAAAAUCAACCCGAAUCAGGAACUGUUGGCAAUGUCUGUGGCCAACGUGUUUGGCUCGUUCUUCAGCUGCUACCCGAGCAGCUCAUCCCUAACCAGAUCGUCAGUCCUGCACCGGUCGGGCGCCAAGACACAGAUGGCCACCCUAUUCGCCGCCGUAAUACUACUGCUUGUCAUACUGUUUAUGAAGCCAUUGAUAUAUCAUUUGCCUAAAUGCGUUUUGUCGGCGAUUAUUUUGAUGGCCCUUAAGUCCAUGUUUGUCCAGACUGUAUACGUGCGCAAAGUGUUCAAAUACUCGGUGAUGGAGGGGAUAACAUGGAUUAUAACAUUUGUGUCGGUAAUCAUAUGCGAUGUUGAUAUGGGUCUACUUAUAGCCAUCAUGUUUAAUAUGCUUGUCAUUAUGAUUAGGUUAUCAAGACCGUCGAGUGGAGUGAUGGGCCGGUUGUCCAACACUGAGCUAUACGUUAACGUUAAACACUAUGCGGACGCUCUGGUCAUAAGAGGGAUCAAAAUAUUUCACUUCUCGUGUCCAUUGAUUUUUCUCAAUAGACACGCAUUCAAAGAGCAAUUGUACAAAAAGUUGUUUAAUAUAUCAAGUAAUGACAUACACGUCUACUCCAGCGACGAUAUGCGGGCCAAGAGUCACAUAAACACCGUUAUCAUUGACUGCUCGGCCAUCUAUCACAUGGACAGCGCCGGCACCGACACUCUCACCGAUAUAAUGACAGAGUUGGCCCGUUUCAGGAUCCGUGUGCUGUUGGCCGGAUGCCAGAGACCGGUGCUGGCAAUGCUGGCCCGGGCAGACCCGGUCCUAUUAGACUCCGAUGUGGUGUACGCCUCUGUUCACGACGCUGUGGUCAAGUGUCAGUCCCCACCGUCGCAGGUGCUGACCACCAAUGCCGGUGCCAAUGGUGGCCAGUCGUCCGAUGUCUAG